AUGAAGGUUUUGACAGGUUGGUCGUCUCUUCUGGCGGCCACCGCCCUUUACCAGGGUGUAUCUGUCUCGGCCCUGAGCCCGGCAGAGUGGCGGUCCCAGACUAUCUACCAGGUCAUGACAGACCGGUUCGCGCGUUCGGAUGGGUCAACGACAGCGCCGUGCAACAUGGAGGAGCAGGCAUACUGCGGCGGCACGUGGAGGGGCAUCGCCCAGCGGCUCGACUAUAUCCAAGGUCUCGGUGCGACGGCUAUCUGGAUCUCACCCAUUGUCAAGAAUAUAGAGGGCCAAUCCGCUGACGGUGAUUCGUACCACGGCUACUGGGCUCAGGAUAUCUGGUCGCUCAACCACCACUUCGGUACCGCCGAGGACCUCAUCGCCCUUGCCGACGCUGUGCAUGCCCGCGGUAUGUACCUCAUGGCCGACGUCGUCACGAAUCACAUGGCCUGGCAUGGGCCCAGAAAUGCGGUCGAUUUCUCUAUCUUCCGCCCCUUCUCCAACGCUUCGGCUUACCACUUGCCCCCCUGCUUCAUCAACUAUGAAAUCCAAGAGACGGUCGAGAGGUGCUGGCAGGGUAGCGAAGCUGUCUCCCUCCCAGACCUACGUACUGAGGACCCGCAUGUGCGGCAGGUCUUCAAUGUGUGGAUUAAGCGUAUGGUGCGUAAAUUCAAGUUUGACGGUAUCCGCCUCGACAGCGCCAAACACGUCGAGAUGUCCUUCUGGCCGGAAUUCGAGACCUCGGCAGGGGUGUUUGCCAUUGGAGAGGUCUUACAUGGUGACCCGGUGUACGUCACCCCGUAUCAGGACGUCAUAAGCGGGCUCUUGAACUACCCCGCCUACUAUUGGAUUACCCAGGCCUUCCAGUCAACAAGAGGAAGUAUAUGGAAUCUUUCCAUCGGAAUUAAACAGAUGGCUCUGCACGCCCGCGACUUAACUCUCUACGGCAGCUUCCUCGAGAAUCACGACCAGCCUCGCUUCCUGCAUCAUACCACUGACCGCGUCCUGCUCAAGAAUGCGCUGACCUUCACCCUGCUCAUGGACGGCAUCCCCGUAAUCUACCAGGGCCUGGAGCAGGGUCUGGCAGGCUCCGACACGCCGUUGAAUCGUCAAGCCCUGUGGUUGACGGGCUACGACACGCAGUCGGAGCUAUACCGGUGGAUAUCUAAGUUCGUAGCGCUGCGCUCGACGAUGGCGGCGCUUGACGGCGGGUACCUCUUCUACAAGGCUGAGCCGUUUGAUACCCAGCAAAACACCAUCGCAAUGCGCAAGGGGUUCGACGGCAGCCAGAUCGUGAGCGUCUAUUCCAACGUCGGGAGCAACAACACCUUCAGCGUGUCGCUCGGCACGGCGCAGACGGGGUUUCGGCCAUGCAAGUUGGUCCUCGAGGUCGCCAAAUGCCGUCUCUACGUGACGGACGGCGACGGCGUGCUCACGGCUCGGAGCGAGAGCGGGGAGCCUCUCGUGUUUGUCCCCGCCGAGAGGGUAAUGGGGACGGGCAUCUGCGCUGGCGGCAUAGGCAAGCCCCCUCCUCCCCCUCCCCUCUCCGCUCGUCGCAAGCCUUCUCCCACGACGAGCGCUGCUGCCCAAUAUUCCACAACCCGCCUCGCCUUUGAGACUACCGAUUAUAACUUAGAUUCUUUAGGACGUUACAAUAACAUCACUUCGUCACCUUGCCUAUUAUCCCAGCCGUGA